UCUCGUGGUUAUGCGUGGAGGUAUCUGUUGGACAUCCCAAAUCUCAAUUCUGAUCUUUUUCAACAUGCAUUUAUUGAAUAUCAUUAGAAGAGCUGCCUUCAAAUUGAUUGCACCGAAAAUGACAAAAUAUGGGUUAUUUUUAUCAGUGCCCAGCAAAGUCAACACUUGUAGAACAUUGAUGAUGAUUUAUUUGAACAAAAAUAUGUCAAAAAAUGCUGAUGAGAACAUAAAUCUAGAUGAAUGGAAAUCUGUUGUGCUCUCUGGCUUAGAAAAAGAAGCAUUUGAAAGAACAUCAGCUGAAGAAGAGCCUAAUAUAGUAGCUAUUAGGGAAUUCAUUGAGAUGUCUCGGCGUUUAGGUAAUGCUGCUCCAGAAAAAAUAACUGAAGAACAAUUAAAGAAGUUAAUUGAAUAUCCCUCUGCUACUUCAAGAAAUAAGUACUUAGCCUUUUUGGCUUUGAAAGAAAUGAGAAAGAAUGCCGCACAAGAAAAAAAGAAAAAACAAAAGGAAGAAAGGGACGAGCUUAUAAAUACAAUGGAAAAUGCUGAUGAGCUGACACCAACAAAUAGAUUGUUUCGGUACAUUUGGACCUCCUCAAUGGAUGUCACGUACAAUUGGAGAGCUGCUCAGGCUAUGAGUUUUGGCCAGCCUCUGGUAUUUGACAUGGAUUACAACGAUAUGUCAGAGAGAGAAAUGCAGAAUACAGUGAAACAGAUGAUGGAAUGUGAAGGGUGCAAUCGUAAAGCUAUAGAACCAUUCCAUUUAUAUUAUUGUAAUCUUAAAGAAGAUGGUCCAUACCACAAAGAAUUCAUCAGGCGUUACAGAGAGGCAUGGGACAAUUUGCUUGUGACAGUGACAGAAAAGUCUCAUGUUGAAAUAUUUCCAAGAGAUCAGAUUGUCUACUUAACUGCUGAUUCUCCCAAUGUAAUGGAAACAUUUGAUCAUAAUAAAAUCUAUAUAAUUGGAUCCCUAGUUGAUAAGACAAUAAAGAAGGGAGUCUCUCUUGCUCGUGCGAAACGCUUGAAGUUGGCAACAGCACAACUCCCUCUAGGAAGAUACUUACAUUGGAAAACUGGAGCCAAAGUUCUUACCCUGGAUCAAAUGAUGAUGAUCUUAAUAACUCUGAAAAAUACUGGAAAUUGGAAGGAGGCUCUACAGUUUGUUCCAAAAAGAAAGCAUGAUGGUUUUAUAGAUCCAUCUUUGCAACAAUAUAUUCACACACAAAAGAACAGAAAGAUCUAUGAGCAAACCUUAAAAAAGAAGCGAUUGGUAGAGGAGCUCUCCAAAAAACAAUUGUGGAAUGGUUUGUGGGAAGAGUAGUCCCCAGUUAUGAUUGGUGUAAGUUUCAUGUAAAAUAACAUUUGUCCUCAGUAAGCUUUCAACUUCUACUGACUAAGGAACCCAGUAGUGAUAAAAUGUAACAGUACAUGUAGCUUCACUGUAAGAGGACUGUAUUUCCAAAUACAUAGGAAUCAUCAUUUUCUGGCUCUGUCUGCUGAUAAAACUUCAGUAAUACACAAUAGGGCUGAAAAACAGGUUUCAGGUUAAAAAAAAACAACAGUAGUUGUUAAUCUGUUACUAACCCAAUCUAAUGAUACAGUACAUGUUUUUCAGUGCUUCCCAUUGCAUUGCCUCACAUAACAAAGUUAUGUAAAAGUAGUUUCCCACUUUUGAUACAGGGGAAUAUGAGGUGGUUGUGAAUUUUGCUAGACAAAAAGGAGCUCAAAUUCUUGUAAAAUUCCUGAUUUUAUUCAGGAAAUAAUACUAUGCGAGGAAUGUAUCUAUUGAAAAAAAAUUGUAUAUAUGACCUUUCUAUUUUAGAAGGAAAAAGUUGUAUAAUUUUCAAUUGUAUCUUUCUUUAAAUUGUUAAGGCAUUAUUUAAAAUGUUAUAGUUGUUGAAUAUAUAGGGCUACUUACUAAAAAUGUGUUUGAAUGGUGUUUUUGAUCUAAUUAUAUUAUAAAUGCAUAUGCCUUGUC